AUGGGCACUUCUACUACUUCUCCGGCUCAAUAUCUCCAGGAAAGCUUCUUGGAAGUUUUCCGCAUAAUUCGAUCGAUCGACGUGAUUACCGUACCAAAUGUAAUCAAGUAUUUCGCGGGAAUAUUUCGCACAGUUAACAUAACAUCAUCCAUUCGUGCAUUCAAUCAACCCUCGAGCUUUCUCAGAAAAUUCCUUCGGCCAUCAGAACGGAAGAGCGACGGAUUUAUUCACUUUCCGGCGCAACAGGUGCAAGUGCACUCGGUGGAAAUAAUUCACAGUGAAGCACCUCAUGGUUUCUCAACGUACAACGAGACUACGGCAGUGGAGAACACGACUUUAGCUCGCCUUUUCAACAGCUCCAUCCAUUCCGCCGUUGUCACCGACAACCUCACUCACAAUGCCACUGAUUAUUUUGGCCAACCACAAAUACCUGCCUAUAUUCGCACCACUGCCAUGGUCCUCUGCAUCCUCAUCCUGUGCCUCGGUGUCAUCGGGAACAUUAUGGUUCCCAUCGUCAUUCUGAAGACGAAAGACAUGCGAAACUCCACCAACAUCUUUCUCACCAAUCUCAGUAUUGCCGAUUUAUUGGUACUCCUCGUUUGCACACCGACUGUUCUCGUCGAAGUCAAUACACCACCGGAAACAUGGGUCCUCGGUCAAGAAAUGUGCAAAGCUGUACCAUUUGUGGAACUUACAGUGGCUCAUGCGAGUGUUCUAACAAUCCUAGCCAUCUCCUUCGAACGAUACUAUGCCAUCUGCGAACCCCUUAAGGCUGGCUACGUGUGCACCAAGGCCCGUGCUAUCUUGAUAUGUAUCACAGCAUGGAUAGUAGCAGCACUCUUUACAAGUCCUAUACUUUCCAUAGCGACCUAUACGAAUGAGACGAAUGUGGACGGAAGUGAAUUUGCUGUAUGCAUAACGGCUGCCGAUAAGCUCUGGCCAGCCUCCUUCUUCGUCGGAAGUAUCGUGCUGUUCUUCGUCAUCCCCUUCUUGAUUCUCGUGGUCCUGUAUUCGGUGAUUGCGCGACAUCUCAUGAAUAAUCCAGGACUAAUAUCAUAUGGCCACAGACAUGUGCUAAAGUACCGCAAACAGGUGAUUCUUAUGCUGAGUGCCGUGAUAUUCUCCUUCUUCGUCUGCCUCUCACCCUUCAGGGCGCUCACGUUGUGGAUUAUUGUGGUGCCACCCGAAGCCAUAAUGUCCCUCGGCUUUGAAGCGUACUACAACCUCCUCUACUUCUGCCGCAUUAUGCUCUACCUCAAUUCCGCCAUCAAUCCCGUUCUCUACAAUCUCAUGUCAUCGAAAUUCCGUCAGGGAUUCUUCUCGCUGCUCCGUUGCCAUCGAUUGGUGGGCAGCAAAUUGCUGACCGGCACACGCAAGGGUACUUUCCACACAACCUCAACGAAUCUCAGCACCUCAAAUAGUGGCGAUAAGCACCGGAGGCAGCAGACGGAGAAGGAAUCCGCCGCAGGAGGUGCGUCUGGGGUGGCAGUGGGUGCCAAAGUGGCAGCUCUCGCAAAUUUCGAUGGGAAAACACAAUCGAAUUACGGCCAAACGGAGAUUGAUGUGGAUCUAUUUAGGUCAGCCGGACCACCCCCCAAUGCGGUGACCACGAAUACCACCACCAACUCCCAGGCGAAGCAGCCCCAGCCGAGGGUCGAAUCUCUCGGGGGUGGACAAGUGGACUCUACGAGCAACCUGUUGAGCAUCCACCACCAUGAGUCUCGUGUUAAAUUCAAAGACGGUCCCCAAAACAAGGAUUCCAGUCACGAUGUUGUCGAACGUGAGAAGGAAACUCUCAUUCCACAGUGCAACGGAAUUGAUGAUGCCCAUUUGCAAUUUGACUUUGAAGCACUGCCACGUCUCAAGAAGGAAAGCUUCGUGUAGUGGACCACCAUCCUCCACCCCCUUGUACGGCGUUCACCCACCCAGCUCUUCCCCCAUGUCCCCCUAUUUAGUGCUCAUAUCCAUAUUCCCCAUUCCACAAAGUCGUCAAUUACCCCUCUAUGAGCAAAAAAGGAACAUUCAGACUCGAAAUAAUCCAUGCCAUUGAUAUUGAAUUCCCCAUCAAGCGUAAGUAGGUAUAUCUCCAACAGAUUGUCACGCAACGAUUAAACACCCCUAUCCUCCCUCACACACCCUCUGAAAGAUUUUUCCCAAGAAUAUAGUAGUACAAUGCAUUAAAACAAUAAGUCACCGUGAGCCAAUGUUCAUUAAACGGAGAGAAUGAAAAUAAAUGUGGACAAUAAGAAAUAUUCGCGCCAGACUUUAGAGAUAUUUUAAGAAUGUCGGAGUUAGGAGGAUUUUUCCCAAAGCGAUUUAGCAAAGCUCAGUUGGAAAAUUUUGUAUCUCUUUCAUUUGUAGAUAAGAAGUUUAUUUAUAGGUAGAGAGAGGAUUUUUUUUUAAAUAUUGUAAGCUUACCAAUACUCGCAAUAAAGUAUGCAUUUUCACGUUUUCCUCAUUUAUUUUUAGACUUUUUUAAUGACUAUUUUUUAGUUAAGAUUGAUUUAAAAGGAUAUCCUUAUAGCCAUUAAUCGAUAAGUUUAAAAAUAUUUAAAAAAAUAUAGCUUUUUUUUAUUAAAAGAAUAUUAAUUUUUAAUUUAAAAAUAGCAAAAUGACGUAGAAAAUAAAGACGUUUCU